CAGCCACUUACUCUCAUACAUUUAUCCCCAGCCUAGUAAAAUUGGUCUUGAGUAACAUGGCGGCGGAGCCGAUGAGCGGGAAGCUGACGGCGGAGGUGGAGCUGCACGGCCCGCCGGCGAAGUUCUACAACGUGUUCAGGAAAACUGCCCACCACAUUCCGACACAUACCCCGAGCCAUAUUCAGGCCGUUCAAGUCCACGACGGCGACUGGGAGAGCCACGGCUGCAUCAAGUUCUGGAUCUACACUUGUGAGGGGAAGAUUGAGGUGUUCAAGGAGAAGGUGGAAUUCGACGACGCGAAGAAGACCGUGAAGCUGAACGGGCUGGAAGGCGACGCGAUGAAGAUCUACAAAGUCUACAACCCGAUCUUCGAGUUCGUCGACGGCGCCGGCGCCGGCGGGAAACAGGGGGUGGCAAAACUGGCGAUCGAGUACGAGAAGCUGGACCCGAGCUUCCCGCCUCCGACCAAGUACAUGGAUUUCAUGAUCGGACUCACCAAGGAGGUCGACGCCGGCAUCGUCAAAGCCGGUUGAUUCCAUCAUCCAUCGUCGGCGGCGCUUUACCGUUACUGCUGCUCUGUUUUCGUUGCUAUAGCUAAUAAUAAUCGACUCUGCAAAAGUAUAUGUGUGAAUUUCUGUUAAAGUGUACGUGUAUGUAUAUAUAAGUCAAGAGUGGUUGUGUGUGGCUGGUGAAACGAUGUGUUUGGUUUGCCAAAAAAUGCUAAAUAAAAAAUCGUUUUUCAAGUGAGUAAUUUUGGGUUUCUAUGUACUUUAAUUAAUUUAAUUGUGGGUUAAUACUUUAUUUUGACCGGAGCUGUGACCAUAUAAUCCAACUUUGACCCGUGAUUUUAGAAAUUGACAUUCUGGCAUCAACUAGAGCUGUUAAUGAACCAAGCCGUUCAUGAACGGUUCGGCGUCCGACUCGAGAAGAACUCGUUCGAAACUCGAUUUGUCUUAAUCGAGCCGGCUUGUGAACAAGCUCGUUAACUAAACGAGCCGAACUCGAGCCAACCAUGUUCAGCUCGAAAGCUCGCGAACAAGCUCAUUUAACGUUUUGGCAUAAGAAAAAGAUUAAAAUUCAUGGAUUUUAUGUCUUGAAAUUUGAAUAAAUAUUGUGUUUUGUUUUGCUAGACUUUGCUAUAGGUUGGAAUGCAAUAUUUUGCCCAGUUCUAGGUCAAUCUUGAGCUAAUAUGAACAAUUUUAUGAGUUUAACUCGAUUUUGGACUUGUUAACAUUAUUUGACGAGUCGAGCUCGAAUUUUCAUUUUCAUAAAUGAGCCGAGCUUGAGCUUGCAUAUUAAAGCUCGUGACGAACACGAGCUGAGCUUGGAAAUAUAUUAACGAGCCGAGCCCGAACUAUGGCAAAACUCGGCUCGGCUCGUAUCAUUAACAACCCUAGCCUCAACUAUACAGCAUAUAUACUCAAUUAGCCCAACACAUGAUUUGACCGUCAAUUUGGACGGUCAACACGCCAUGUCACUCAUUGUCUUGUAACAUAAAAAUCAUUAAAAAUUUAAAAUCAAAUUAUUUUUCUAAUUUCUAUUAUUUAUAAUUUUUAAAUUAAAGAAAAAGUAUAAUUCAAAAGCCUUCCUCCCCUGCCAAACCUAAGCUCCGCCUCGCAAUCCUCCACACCGCAUCCCAUGCCGCCUACCCUCCCUCCGACCGCUCAAUCUCCAGCGACCAGCGUCCCUCCCUCGGUGGCCACGACUCCCGCCGCACCACCUGCACCUGCAUCGAGUUCCUCAUGGAUUGCCUCCACGCCUCCGUCGCCAUCAAGUGCCUCUUCACAAUCCAUGUCGUGUGGCCAGCUCUCCGCAGAGACGGAGCCAGGAUUCUCGAUUAGGGGGGAAAAAAAAAAAUUUCCAGCAUACUGAUAAGAAAAUUUUAUGAAAAAAUCUUAAUUACGUACAAAGAGUUCACAUAAAAAUUUUAGGGUAUGCCUACUAUGACAUGCAUGUCACGGUGACAUGCACUUUUCGGUCGACCUAUUCCUGAAGGCGGUCGACCGAAUUGACUAAUUUGAGCAGUACGAGAAAGCAUUGCGGUCGACCUCAACGACCACUUGGUCGAUCGCACUUAGUUUAAGUUGUUAUUUUUGGUCGACCAGAAUAAAACCUGGGUCGGCCAUUUCGUUGGCGUCAGAAACAACAUGGUCGACCACCUAAGGUAUAUAGGUCGACCACUUGAUGACAGUCAUUAACAAAAUGGUCGACCAGAUAGAAGAUAAGUGUUCUAUCAAAGUGUCCAAUCAUUUGACGUAAAAUGAAGAUCAAGUGUUGGUUUCGCGGUCGACCUAAUCCGGUACGAGGUCGACCGAAUACAAGAAAGUCAACCUAUGCCCCGUGUCUUUUUUGCUUAUGUAUGUCGAUUUGUGUGGUUCUUUUAAUCAUAUAAAUUAUGUUUCAAACCAUCAUAAUUAGUCAUAAAUAAUUAUAACAAGAACUCAUCAAUUCAUAGCAUAACAACUAAAAAUAAAACAGAAAUCAUAAUUGUUCACACAUAAAAAUAAAACUAAAAAAACAAC